AGCGGAGGCAAGCAGCGAGGCAGCGGACACAAGACACGCCGGCAUCCCCUGGAACAAAGCAUCCCACGAAGGACACUCGGAGUGCGAACCGACACCCUGUUUACCGGCGAGCGUUUGCCCGAGCAGAAGCGGAGAUGGACACCAGAAGCACUGAGGACAAGCCAGUCCAGCGGUCCAAGUCCUUCAGCUUUAAGGCCCAGAAGGAGGUGUGUACAUCAUGUGACAAGACGGUCUACCCCAUGGAGAGACUGGUGGCCAACAACCAGGUCUUCCACUCCACCUGCUUCUGCUGCAAGCACUGCAACGCCAAGCUCAGCCUGGGCAACUUUGCCGCUCUCCAGGGCGAGUUCUACUGCAAGCCUCAUUUCCAGCAGCUGUUCAAGAGCAAAGGCAACUACGACGAGGGCUUCGGACGCAAGCAGCACAAGGAGCGCUGGGCCUCCAAGGAGACGGACAACAUCACCAAGACGGCGUGAAAACCGGCGUCCGCAGCACGGUGACAUCACCCGCCCACUAGCUUCUUCUUCUUCUUUUAAACGCCACAACCGCUUGGAAAUCACUUCACAACACUUUAAACAAACCUCCGCGUUCUUUUUCCCCUUCAUGACCAAAACCUUCUCUGCCGUACGAGCGGGAACAUGUAACUAUUUUUCAUUGUUGUUGUUCAUAUGAAUGAUUUGCACCCAUUUUGUAUUCUGUAUGAUCAUGCAAACGCCACACACACACACACACACACACACACACACACACACGUGCACUCAGGUCAACUUUCUUUACUGGCAGUGUCCCCCAAGGAUUUUAUAAAGGUUUUUACUUUGGCUCAGUGGUUCUCAAACUGUUUUCACCAAAGUCCCACCUCUUAAAACACCAUAAUAACCAACAGUAAGAUACAGUAGUGUAGUAGGCCUACGCAUUCAUUAAAAACAGCCUUUUUAUUUAGCAAGUUUAUUUAAUAUUUUGAGCCACUUUUAACAUUACACACGAUUUGAACAGUAACACUGUGUUUGAAUAUUUUAUUAGUUUUACCACUACAGUUUGGGAAUCACUGCUUUAGCUCAUUUAAAAACCGCCGUUACCGUUCUGAGGUGCGUCCAUGCCGCACCCGGGGGGGUCCAACAGGGUACGCGAUGUUACUAGGCAACAGCUCACCUCGCGGGUUUGCGUCAUUCCGACGUUGGGUCACUGUUCUUGUUAUUUAUUGUUUGUGUUCUCUUGAGGUUGCGUUCACACUCGUGUUCGGUGUUGAAAUGGCAAAUAUCCCUCGCCACAUCACACUUAAGUUUUUUUUAACGCAUAUUUGAUGUAUUUUACGCCUAAAUUGACUAUAUAGUACAGUCGUAUCGGCCACUCGGUGAGACUAAACCAGAGUGCACUGUUCAGUAUCCUGGCCACUGAUUGGCUCAGCCUAAGGCAGCAUUUAGCAGAGAGGUGACAUCAUCGGUGUUGUUUCAAGUUGAGGGCUUUUAUAAUGGUAAAAAAACUAGCUUUAUAAAAUAUUAAAUUUAUUAAUAAUAAUUCCUACUUUGGUCAGGUUCGGAACCAACUAACAGCGAUAAACAAGGUUUUACUUUAUGUAAAGAAAUGUGUUUGAAGGGUCGUCCUCUGCUCUCUCCGUCCGUGAGUGCAACAACGCCACUCUUGAAAAGUAUAUUUUACCACCUUUUGUCCUCCCAGAAUAUAAAAAUAACCCAUUAGACAGCAUUUUGGUUUGGAGUGCAGUCAAACAAACAGAAAAAGCAGUUUUUCCAUUAAUUUUUUUUUUUUUUUUUUUUUAAUUAAUCAA